GUCCCAACGGGCGACGAGAUCUUCUUAUUUCAAGAAACAAGCCCACCGCCAUCCCCGGUCUCCUCCCGCCGCUCCUCCUCUCCGGUGACAGCGGCAACGAUUCCCCCGUCCUCCUCCUCCUCCUCCGCAUCGAUUCCUCACCAUGGCCGGUGGAAGAGGCUUGGGAGCGGUGGAGGAGGACGAAGUCGACCACUAUGCAGUCCUCAGUCUCCCCUCCGGCGAGGAAGGCGCCUUACUAACCCUUAAGCAGAUCGAGAAGGCCUACCGCGAGCAGUCGCGCCUACGCCACCCGGACAAGCGCCCCGACGACCCCAACGCCACCGCCGACUUCCAGCGCCUGAAGUCCUCCUUCGAGCUCCUCAAGGACGAGUCCAAGCGCCGCGAGUUCGACGCCCGCCUCCGCGCUCGCCGCGAUCGCGCCCUUCGUGACUCCGUCCUCAGCGGCAAGCGCCGCAAACUCGCUGCCGACCUGGAGGAGAGGGAGCGCGCCGCGGCGGCGGCGGGGGAGGGGAAGGAGGAGGUCCUCGACCCAGCCGAGCAGGCCAAGCGCCGGGAAAAGGAGAUCGCUGCCGAGCUGAAGAGGGAAAUGGAAGCGUUUCAAGCCCGGAAGGUCUCUGAGAAGACCGCUCCCCCUUCCACUUCGCAGACAAUGGGGAAGGAGAAGGGAGAGGAGAAUCGUGGGACGGCAAUGCUGGAUAAGGAGAGGAUAUUGAAGGUCUCCUGGGAGAGAGACUUGGGGGAUUAUAGUGCUGUCAAGCUGCGAGAGCUGUUUGAAAGGUUUGGAGCAGUUGAAGAUGUUGUGAUAAGGACAAAAGGAUCAAAAAAGAGGGGUUCUGCCAUUGUCGUCAUGUCUUCCAAGGAUGCUGCAGUAGCGGCUAUACACAGUAUGAGUGGCAGUCUCUCAAAUCCUUUGUUAGUUCUUCCUCUUCAAGCUGCUUCUAAUAGCUCUCCUGCAAGAUCUUCUGAACCAAUCAACUCAAGACUUGGCAACAUUGUGGGUGCUGGUUUUCAAGAUUAUGAGGCUUCAAUCAUGAAGAAACUUCAAAAGGCCAAUGAAAAGAAGAAAAACAUGUAAUAAUGUUGAACAAGUUUACUUCGGAGAUCAUGAAAGUGGUUUAGUUUGACUUCGACAACCUGUUCAUGAAGGUAAGUUUCGGCAAGUUUCUACUCCGAUUGUUGCAUGUAGUAUCAAGGUCGUGCUCUGGCAAUUGAUUUCUAUUUAGAUUAUCUUUCAUGUAGUAUAUGUAGUAUAAGAUCAUGGGCUUGGCUGAUGGUGUUGUCUGUAUGAACAUCAUACAGGGUGGACGAUACAUUUGUCUCUCACAAAUGAAAACAAUUCUUACCCACAGAUAUUGCAUUUGGAGGAAUUUUGCCUUUUUUGUAGAACUUGGACAAUAUCUGGAGUAUCCUUUCUAUGUCUUAAGUUCCGUGUAUUAGCUCAUCUAAGGGUGUGUGACUAGAAAGCAUGAUGUGUCGCAUCCUCUGAUGACAUUUUACUCUCCUGUAUGCUCCAGCAUCCCUUUCUGAGCGCUAUUGAGGAAUAGUGCCAUGAAUCCGCAACAAGUUACAGAAUUUAUACUGAAAGGCAAAAAUUCAACA